AUGAACCUCUCUCUCCUGCUCCUUGCUUCCAUUGCUUUGCUGCAAAUCAACAACACUUUAGCCUUUUCCUCACACCGCAGCAUGGGUAAACGACAAAAGAAGCGAACGCAUUCAGAAAUUGACCCUCAGCCUGAUGAUGAGAAUGAUCUCACCUACGUUGAAUUCUAUUCGGGUAUCGGAGGAUGGACAAUGGCUUUCGAAGAAGCGCUCGGGCGGCUUGAGAACCAAGAAGAGCCUCCACUGAAGCCAAAACGAAUUACAGCCCUGGAUCAUUCUGACUUGUGUAUGCGAGUCUUUGAGCAUAAUUUUAGAACUAAAAGAAAGUCGUUUCAGAUUCAGAUCCAAGGUCUAACGAAAAAGCAAGUCGAAACCUGGAAAUCCAAGUUUUGGUUCAUGUCACCACCCUGCCAACCCCAUACAAGGCAACACUCGAAUCAAGAGAAGGAUCUUUCUGACUCGAGAUCCACCAGCUUUCUUCAUCUUUGCACUCUCCUCUCAGAAAUGGAGGAGUCUACCUUGCCUCAAAUGAUUUGUUGCGAGAAUGUGGUCGGAUUUGAAACAUCAAAUAGCUUUGAACAGUGGCGUAAAGCAUUGGCAGAACGAAAUUAUCAUGUCGGUCACUUUCAUUUGACUCCCACCCAAGUCCAGCUACCCAACGAUCGACCACGGUACUUUUCCGUUGCUGUCCAAGCAAACUCUCUUUCUUCAUCCAAAGACGCCUCUUUGUAUCUCAGUUAUCUGCAACACGAAGAUCUAAGUAAAGAAGAAGAAACGAUAAAGAUCCAAUCUUCGAUUCCGGAGCUUGGCGUGAAUGUGGCAUCCGAGGAAGCCGAGACUGCUGACGCUGCGACGAUAUCCACAUUUCUCGACACUGCUGACAAUUCAGAUCUCCGAAUCCCCGAAAAAUUGCUCAAUAGCGAUGCCGCUUGGUGUUUUGAUAUUGUCUCACCAAACAAUCGACGUUCAAGCUGUUUUACACACUCAUAUGGUGGCUAUGUACGAGGAACGGGGAGUAUUCUAUACAAUUGCGCCGAUUCUGAAGGAAAGAAGCUGAUCAAACCAGAAGAAAGAGAGUUUCAGAAAGAUUGGAUGAAAGACUUUGACAAGACAAAGCUUCGGUACUUUUCGGGAAUGGAGCUAGCUCGUCUGUUUGGUUUCAGCGAAAGAUUUUCGUUUCCUUCCAGCUGCACUCCCAAACAACAGAGGAAAUUGAUUGGAAACUCGUUGAAUGUUCGAAUUGCAUCCAAGAUUGUAGAGUUGGGUUUGCGAUGCAUGCAACUUGAUGGGAAGAGCAAACGACCAAAGAGCUAA